ACUUUCUGGGCGCUGCGAACGCUUUGAUUCCAAGCUCGCAGGCCGGAAACGUCGGCGACGGAGCCGCACCGCCGCCGCGGCCCUUUUUCUCCGCCGAGGCCGCGCCGCCGCGCAGACAUGGCCAAGUGGGGCCAGGGGGACCCGCGCUGGAUCGUGGAGGAGCGGGAGGACGGGACCAACGUAAACAACUGGCACUGGACAGAGCGGGAUGCCACCAGCUGGUCCAAGGGGAAGCUCCGUGAGCUCCUGGUGGGCAUCGCUGUGGAGAAUGAGACUGGGCACUGUGAGGUCAGUGAGCUGAAGCAGGUGGAAGGCGAGGCUUCCUGCAGCAGCCGCAAAGGAAAGCUGAUUUUCUUCUAUGAGUGGAACAUCAAGCUGGGCUGGAAAGGUAUAAUUAAAGAAUCUGGUGCAAAGCACAAGGGACUGAUUGAAAUACCCAGCCUGUCUGAAGAAAAUGAAGUAGAUGACACCGAGGUGAACGUGAGUAAAAAGAAAGGAGAUGGGGAUAUACUGAAGGAUCUUAUGAAAACUGCAGGCACCGCCAAGGUCAGGGAGGCCCUUGGAGAUUACCUGGAGGCACUUAAGACGGAGUUUACAAUGGGAAUGAUUUUACCAACGAAAGCUAUGGCAACGCAGGAAUUGACCGUUAAAAGAAAACUGAGUGAGAAUACCUUGCAGAUUCAGACCUCUUCUCCAGUGGCACUGGGUGUGAGGAUUCCCACUGUGGCCCUGCACAUGACGGAGCUGUUUGAUACAGCUGUUGAGCAGCUGUAUAGAAUCUUCACUGUGAAAGAUCUGGUGCAAAAAUUUUCUAAAUCUCCUGCUGUAUUAGAAGCUGAAAAGGGAGGGAAAUUCCAAAUGUUUGAUGGGAACAUCACUGGUGAAUAUAUAGAACUGUUAACAAAUAAAAAAAUCGUCAUGAAAUGGAGGUGUAGGAACUGGCCAGAAGAACACUAUGCAACAGUUGCACUGAAUUUUGUGCCUACUCUAGGGCAAACGGAAUUACAGUUGGACUGUAAAGGAGUUCCUGUUUGUAAAGAAGAGAACAUAAAAUUCUGUUGGCAGAAGCAGCAUUUUGAAGAAAUAAAAGGUUUACUGCAGUUAACCACCCUAAAUGGUUGAAUUAGUUUGAAGAUUUUAUAAGGGCAUUACUUUUUGUAAGCAGAAAAAGUGUCAUUUACCUCUUCCCUGUUACUCCUUUUAAAAAAGAAAACAAGUACUGUUAAUUUGUACUGGAUGAAAUCCAUCAACUUGUACAGAAUCGAAAGCAUUGUCUGAAUCUUUAUGACUAGACUGCACUGAGUUUAAAAGCAAGCAACCUGAAAUUAGGUAUUAACUUUACCUCCUGUAGAUGCUCUUCUGGGUUGAAUCCCUACGCACAGAUGGUUGAAGUGUCCCAAGCUAAAGCUUGUCCUAGCAAGCUUACUUUUAGCUACAGUUUUAGUUCAGGAAGACAAAAAAAAUGGCAUGUUGGUAACUAUUCCUUUAUUUUAUUUAUUUCAGGGUUUUUAAGGUAUGUAGUAGCUCUUAGGUAGUGAAACAAACAGUGGCAUGUCGCACUCAGGAGCAUGUUGACGUGAGGGCGAGCUGGCUGUACCGUUACGCUUCUCCCUGCAGCAGUUAUGCAUUUUGGGGUAAUGAGGAUUGAAAAGUCUACAGGGUAAGUAAGUUGCUUUUUGGACUGCCACUCCACUUCUAAUGAAACAGAAUAGAAUGGAGAAGUGCUUCCCCUCAUUUCAGUUUUCUCAUUAGUUUCAUCUUGAGAAGACUGAAGCAACAUAUGUAAACAAGUAAAAAGUCAUCACAAUCAGUUUAAUUAAGUGCACAGAAUAGCAAUCAGUCAUGUCAAUAAAAAUAAAACAAUUAUUUUUA